AUCCACUUAUCCAUCGCCCCGGCCCAGACAUUGUUUUCGUUUCUUUCACUGCCUAUCUAAUUUCCGCCAAAGUUUUAUAAGUUGCUGACUUUGUGAAACCUUCAUUUCUUGCACAACUCUGUGUUUCAACAAACCCAUCCUCCUCCAAUCAUCUUCUCUUUAAACACACACAUGUAUCAUCUCUCUGGAGUUGUGAAAACUGCUAGUUUUGUCCUAGAGUCUUAGAGAGCAGAGAGAAAGCAAUGGCAGGAAACAUUGGAUCUUUGAAGCACAGUUUCUUAGACAGAAGCAAAGAGAGGGUAUUGUCUAGAAAGAACUAUUCUGACCUGGGUUAUGGCAGAUCCUACUCUAGUGUUGAUCACCCAUCAAGAUUCACUUGGUUUAGUAAGCUCAUCAGCUUGAAGAAUGAUGUUCAAGAUGCUGCUGUCAAGGCCUAUCAAAUGGGCAGGUCUGAUCCAAGAAAAGUCAUUUUUGCAUCUAAAAUGGGCUUGACUCUUGCUUUGGUUUCGAUUCUUAUCUUCUUCAGAGAGCCACUUAGUUAUAUGAGUCAGUACUCCAUCUGGGCUAUUCUUACUGUGGUAGUUGUGUUUGAGUUCAGCAUAGGAGCCACACUUAGCAAAGGAAUUAAUCGCGCUUUUGGAACGUUUUUAGCUGGUGGACUGGCUCUUUGUAAUGCUGAAUUAUCCUUAUUGGCUGGGAAGUUUCAAGAAGUUGUAAUUGUAGUUAGCAUCUUUAUUGCAGGAUUCUGUGCAAGCUAUUUGAAACUGUAUCCGGCAAUGAAGCAAUACGAAUAUGGGUUUCGGGUGUUCUUGCUGACAUAUUGUAUCGUCAUGGUAUCUGGGAGUGAAAAAUUUGUACAAACAGCUGUUUCACGCCUGUUGUUAAUUGCUGUUGGUGCUGGUGUUUGUUUGCUUGUAAAUGUUUGUGUUUAUCCCAUUUGGGCUGGUGAGGAUUUGCACAAAUUAGUUGCGAAAAACUUUAAUGGUGUUGCAACUUCUUUGGAAGGUUGUGUUAAGGGAUACCUGCAAUGUGUUGAAUAUGAGAGAAUCCCUUCCAAGAUUCUUACAUAUCAAGCUUCUGAUGAUCCAUUGUACAGUGGAUAUAGAUCUGCUGUACAGUCCAGUAGUGAAGAGGAAACUUUGUUGGGCUUCGCUGUGUGGGAGCCCCCUCAUGGACGUUACAAAAUGUUCAAAUAUCCUUGGAGUGACUACGUUAAAGUUAGCGGUGCACUGAGACAUUGUGCAUUUAUGAUCAUGGCAAUGCAUGGUUGUAUACUUGCUGAGAUACAGGCAUCAGCUGAGUUACGACAGAUUUUCAGCAAUGAGAUUCAGAGAGUUGGUACUGCAGGAGCUAAAGUACUACGCGAGCUCGGGAAGAAACUAGAGAAAAUGGAGAAGUUGAGUUCUGGAGUCUUGCUCCAGGAAGUGCACGAGGCUGCUGAAGAGUUGCAAAUGAUGAUAGACCAAAAAUCAUAUCUUCUGAUCAAUGCUGAGAGCUGGGCAAGUAGCAGAAUGCCCAAGCAGUUUGACAAUCCUGAACAAUUUCAAGAACUGCAUGACAAUGAAAACCAAAACUUGGUUAUAAGCUCUCUCAGCGAAGUAGCUCUGCACUUAAAAUCAACCCACACAUUAAAAAACUGGGAUCCUCAGAAUCUGCACAAUCCGUCUGCUGCCCAAUUGGAUUCAUCUGAAACGGAAGAAGUGUUCAAGCAGCAGAUGCAUUGGCCUUCUCGGCUGUCUAUUCACGAUGAUGUCAUUGUGAAUCAACGUGAAGUAAGGACUUACGAAAGUGCAAGUGCAUUGUCAUUGGCGACAUUUACAUCAAUGCUGAUUGAGUUUGUGGCAAGGCUUCAAAACCUUGUGAAUUCAUUUGAAGCUCUUAGUGAAAAGGCAAAGUUUGUUGAACCCGUAGAGCAAACAGCAGCACCCACAGAAGCGGUUGGUUUCUGGACGAGGUUGUACAAGUGGAUCUGCUAGCACCAUUUGCUCUUUGUUGUCGAACUUUGGUCGAGUUCACUUAUUUGGAGUUAUAUUUGUGUUGCAGUGGAGAAACAGUUAGAGAAUUGGUGAUUGUUGUCCAUGUAUACAAAUGAAGUUAUCUGGUUCUUCUAGUGAUGAUGAACAGGUUUGCAGUUGGAGGUGGGUACAUUGGGAAAAGAAAAUAAGUGCAGUUUUAAUGUAUUGUAUACAUGAACAUAUUUGUGAUUAUUUACUCCAAGAGAACAUCCAGGCUUCAAGAACAUGAGCUUGUUUAUAAUUGUAUAAUUACACCAUUUUCUUGGUUGGAAAAGCAAGUGGUUGAUGUGUUCCUUCCCA